CGACUGAAUUACUGUAUGUAGUUGCAUCAGGCAGUGUAUUAUAGUGUACACUUAUAAACACAUCGUGGGUCGAGAAGUGGACAGUAGCAGACAAUGGUGGAUAUAUUCGCCUUCAGUCCUACAACUGUGUUGUUGUGUGUGGCCGUGCUAGUUUUGUUAUGGCUGUUAACGCGGCGACCCUCAGGGCUCCCUCCCGGACCCCCUCUCCUCCCGUUUUUGGGGAAUGUCCUCUCCAUGAGCUCCGAUCCCCGGAUCACAUUUAGAAGACUCAGGCAACGAUAUGGCGACAUCUUCAGUGUGUACCUGUUCAACAAACCACUCAUCGUCCUCAACGGUUACAGCACCCUGAAAGAAGCCAUUGUCAAGAACGCCGACGUAUUUUCUGAGAGGCCUCACACCACACUAAAUGACUUCAUUGCAAGAGGAAAAGGUGUUGUUGCAACAUCUGGAGAGCUCUGGCGCGAGCAAAGACGCUUCGCCCUCAACACUCUCAGGGAGUUUGGAGCAGGCAGGAACAUCAUGGAGGAUAAAAUACACGAGGAAAUCUCACAGUUUAUCGAGGCCUUUGAGGCAGAAGGAGGGCAAGGCUUUGACUGCAAACGCCUGGUGUGCAACGCAGUGUCCAAUGUCAUCUGCUCCACUGUAUUCGGCAAACGAUUUGAAUAUACUGACCCGCUUUUUUAUUACAUUUUUAAAAGCCAUGGACGAAAAUGUUGCCAAUGUUGUAUUUUGGAGGAUAAAAUACACGAGGAAAUCUCACAGUUUAUCGAGGCCUUUGAGGCAGAAGGAGGGCAAGGCUUUGACUGCAAACGCCUGGUGUGCAACGCAGUGUCCAAUGUCAUCUGCUCCACUGUAUUCGGCAAACGAUUUGAAUAUACUGACCCGCUUUUUAUUACAUUUUUAAAAGCCAUGGACGAAAAUGUUGCCAAUGUUGGUGCGGCUGGAGUGUUGAAUGUGCUGCCUAUUGUGCGCUUUCUGCCAGGAGAUCUAUUCAAAUUUAAGAAGACAAUGCAGAAUGUCGAGAAAAUCGAAUCACUGCUCAUAGACCCUAUGACAGAGGAACACUUGAAGAAUCACGACGAUGACAACGUGGACGACUUCAUCCACGCCUACAUCAAGGAAAUGAGACUUCGCAAAGCGAAACAAGAGGACACGACCUUAGACUAUGAUAUCUUUGAGAACUGCGUGUCUGCAUAUAGUGGAAGAAAGGCUUCCGUCGGACCUUGUUUCAGCGAGAACCUGAAAAAGGUUAUAGCAGACCUCUUCGUGGCCGGAACGGAAACCACUGCUACUACCAUACGAUGGACCAUGAUCUACUUACUCAACAAUCCGGAAAUACAGGAAAGGUGUUUCCGAGAGAUCCAGGAAAAUAUCGGCCAGAGCAGAUUGCCCUCCAUGAAGGACAAAACCAGCCUGCCCUACAUGGAAGCAACCAUUAUGGAAGUCUUGAGACGAGCUGAUAUCGCCCCUACAGCUCUCCCACAUACCGUUCCCCACGAUGUCCAGUUCAGGGGCUACACGUUCCCAAAAGGCGUACAAGUCAUAGCGAUGCUUGAUUCCGUCCUACAAGACCCGGAUGUGUGGGGUGAUCCAGACAACUUUCGGCCUGACCGUUUCCUUGACGCCAGUGGCAAGAUUGUAAAGAAAGAUGAGUUCAUUCCCUUCUCUCUGGGUCGAAGGGUUUGUCUGGGUGAGGCCAUGGCUCGGAUGGAGUUAUUCCUUUUCUUGACCACCAUGAUCCAGAGGUUCAAGUUCAUUCCGGUGGAUGGCCAGAUGCCUUCUUUGGAUGGAACGAUGGGCAUAACCAAUUCUCCAAGACCAUUCGUCAUGAAAGCCAUUCCCAGAGUUUAAUCACUCUAUGCGAGUGAGUGGGUAGUGUUAAGGCAGAAUUGAGCAACUAUCC